UAAAAGGUGUAUAGAAUCAAAGAUAAAUAAUUGAAAAGGCCAAUCUUUUUUUAAUUCUAUCUUUCAACCGCACCCGCGCGCUUCAUUGAGUUCUGAUCAGAAAAAGGAAAAAUGGCAAAGAGUUACUUCAAGCAAGAGCAUGAUCUUGAGAAGAGGCGUGCGGAAGCUGCUAGGAUUAGGGAGAAAUACCCUGAUAGGAUUCCGGUUAUUGUGGAGAAAGCGGAGAGAAGUGAUAUCCAAAGCAUCGACAAGAAAAAGUACCUUGUUCCAGCUGAUCUGACAGUGGGACAAUUCGUCUAUGUCAUCCGCAAAAGGAUCAAACUGAGUGCAGAAAAGGCAAUCUUUAUAUUCGUGGAUAAUGUUCUUCCCCCAACAGGUGCAAUCAUGUCUGCUAUAUACGAGGAGAAGAAGGAUGAAGAUGGGUUUCUCUAUGUUACUUACAGUGGCGAAAACACAUUUGGGCACUAGAGCCUACUGUAGCCAUUGAUCUUUUACUUGCACUGUUUUUUUUUUUUUAAAAUAUUUUUUCACCAUAUUUCAUUUUCCUGUUGCCAUCACCAUUGCCUUAUUCAAUGUAAUUUCUAGUAUUUUGCGUACAUGCAAAAACCUAGCUGCUUCUAUUUUUAUUCCAUCCAAGGUAUAUAUAUGUGCAGGUUGAGAAACUCUUGUUUUUAAUCAGUAUCAUGCAGUCA